CUCGAGGCUGCCGGAAGCGGAAGUCUCCAUUAGCUUCUAUGAUGAGUUCGGCGCUAGAGAGCCCGGAAGCCGAGUCCCAGCUCCCGGAAGCGGCGCCCCCUAGCGUUAGCGAGUCGAGUCAGGAGGUGGAUGAGACGGGGGAGCGGCGGCGUUCCCAGCUAGGCGUGCGCUGGGCUUCUCUUCACGAUGGCUCCUCCCAGCACCAGUUAAAGGAGUCGGAGUCUGAGGAGGAGAGGGAGGAAGACGAGCCGGAGGAGGAGGAGGAGCUCCGAGGGGUCUUUAUCCACUUCGGCCCGCAGGUUAAGAAGUCAGUGCACCACAAGGAAAUGGAUUGGUCCAAACUAAAAAAACUAGGGCUGUACUGGCUCACCAAGGAUAUCAUUGUGAUGAUCCGAGUGUGUAAAAUGUUCCGCCAAGGCCUUGGGGGAUUUCGGGAAUAUCAGAUCAUUGAGACUCCUCACAGAAAGCACCCUAUCUUUUCCUUCUGGGAUAAAAGGAAGCAAGGCCGAAUCACAUUUGAUACCAUGGACUUUGUUGCAGAGGAGGGUCACCUUCCUCCAAGGGCCAUUCAGAUCAUGCAGAAGCUGCCUUCCUGGAGGACAGAGCCUGAGAUCCAGGCCCUCUGUAACCUCCUGCAGGUUCUGAACAGCUACCGCAACUACUCAGAGCCCCUGCAGCUGCUCCUGGCCAGAGUCAUGCGCUUUGAACGGUUUGGUCGCAGACGUGUGAUGGUCAAGAAGGGGCAGAGGGGCAACAGCUUUUAUUUCAUCUACAUGGGCACAGUCGCAGUGACUGAGGAUGAGGAUGGCAGCAGUGCCUUCCUGGACCCCCAUCCAAUGUUGUUGCACAAGGGCGACUGUUUUGGGGAAUUGGGCCUUAUGAGUCCUUCAGUAAGGAGGGCCACCGUGGUCUGUAUGGAAGAAACAGAGUUCCUCGUUGUCGACAGAGAAGAUUUCUUUGCUAAUAAGCUGGAUCAGGAAUUCCAAAAGGAUGCUCAGCAUCGGUUUGAAUUUUUUAGGAAGAUGGAUCUGUUUGAGUCGUGGUCUGAUGAAAAGCUCUGGAAGCUCGUAACCCUGGGGAAGGUGGAGAAGUUCUCGUAUGGCCAGCUGGUCUUAAAAGACUUCAUAGAAUCACCCUCCAUCAUGUUUGUCUGCAAGGGCAGCUGUGAAGUCCUGCGUCUGAUAGACCUUGGGACCUUGCCUUUCUACUACAAGUGGAUCUGGCAGCAUCUGGAGCUGAUAGACGACACAUCUCUGAAGACCCACCUCAAUGAACCUUCUCCUGUGGAGAGAUUUAAGGAAUUCCAGAUAAAAUCAUAUCCUGUACAGGACUUUAGUACUCUGAAACUUAAGCACCUCCAGAAAGCCUGGGAGCAACAGGGGUCCAGCUUCAGUAGGAGGAUUAAAACCUCAGGAAAUACUCUUCCAAAGACCUUGGGCCCGAAGAUCAAAUCUAGGCAUCCACAUUCCCUUGAAUGUCCCAUGAUCAAUACUGAGUAUGGUGAACUCCCUGAGGAGGCUGCAGUGGGCGCCUACAUCAAGAUCCACACUGUAGAGGAAGGAGAAACUGUGGGCCUUCACCAGAUCCUCCUCCCGGAAAACCAGCGUGACAUGCGGCCCCUGGUCCUUGUGAGCCUGGGAGCCGAGGUGAUACGGAUAAGGAGAGAAAAAUUUUGGGAACUGAUUGACAGCGAGGUAAAAGAGAAGUUGUACAGAUUCCAGAUCAAGUACCCCAGUGAUGAAGAUAUGUGCCAGAAGUUCCUCCAGGAGAACAGCUGGAAUAUCUUUCGGAAGGACCUGAUGCGGCUGCUGCUGAAGCCUCGCCAGCGUCCAUCAUUCAUUCCAAUCCGGCCCAAGAAGAAAGGGAUCUACAACCCCAAGAGUUUGGUGCUGGAUUUGUGUAGCCUCGACAAGGAGACGAAACCUUGUUAUCCCAUUUUUAUGGCACCCCAGAAAUACCUCCCCCCAUUGAGGAUUGUCCAAGCCGUCACAGCCCCCCGGUACAAAAUCCAAGAACUCCUGCCUCAGUAUAAGAAUGCAGGAGUCCUUGUUUAGACCCAAUAAAAGAUGGGUUGGUCACCAUGUUUCCUGAGUGACCACCAUGGGACUUGUGGGGCUUAGAGUGGGGGCCUCCUGGGGGCUGUGGGUCCAGAGAGAUGUGUGGGGGCAGCAGCUCAGGCACUGUCUCCCUUGACACUUUUGGGGCUUAGUGGAUGGUCAGGAGGCUGGGUGUGGAUGGGGUAAGCACUGGGGAUGGUCUCAGGGUGGGUCUUACUGGGUGAGAUGGACGGGAGGCACAGAGGGGCUCAGAUCAAAGUGAGCAAGACCAGACCAUUUGCAAACUCAAAUGCCUUGCAGAGGCCACACAGGUCAUCUAAAGGAGCACAGCAGAAGGACUAGGCAGGCAACAGGCAAUGGUGGGGACUGGUGUGCACAUUCCCCAUCCAGAUGGAACAGCUGCUCCCUCUCCUCAAUUGAUGCCAUGCCAGGAAAUAAUGCAGGCCCCUGACUGACAGUCCUUAGAUUUUUUAAGAGACCAAGAAACCCAAUAUUUUAGAUGAUUCCUACUGGUUUUUAAAUGUGAGCAACUAAUUCAAAUUGUUUUUAAAAUACCAUGUUAGGCAAACAAAACACAUACGUGGGCUGUGUUGGACCUACAAGCUGCUGGUUUGCCAGUGCUCAUCAAGCCCCUCUGACAGGGCGUUGCCAGAGACUGGAGGAGGCGUGACUGGGGGUGGGGUGGGGGUGGGAGGUAUAAGGAGCGAGAGACACAGAUGGGCAGCAUGACAAGAGCAGGCAUUCUGGGUGUUGAGGAUGGGGAGCCAGCAGCCUGAGAGAAAAGAGGCAGCCAGAGAUAAGAAGGUGGUAGGUCGGACUUUACAGAGGGCUCCUUGGCCCCUCUGAGGGGUCCCAAACCUGUGGCUACCUGUUAGUGACCUGGGCCGGCUCUCUUUGUUGGUAACACUGGGUCAAAUCACCUCUCUCCCUUGGGAAGCUCCAUAGUUUAGCUGUGAGAGCACUGGGGGCCUGGUAGAGGUUACGGCAGCACAUGAGCCUGACCUGGGGCCACAGGGAGAGACAGGAGCCCUCUUCCACCCAUCCCUCCCCACCCCACACACUCACCUACUCCACGUGGCAAGGAGCAGGUUAGGAAGAACAUCUGAGAACAGAGCCUGGCUCUGGACCCCUUUGAGCACCUUGAGUCCUUCACCUGCACCUGUUUCCCUAGUGGCAAAGUGAGCGAGUUGGACAAGAUCAAUGAUUUUCACAAGAGGUGAGUAUAGUUUGAAAAGCAUAUUCAACAUUAUAAUUUUGUUUGUUGUAUUUAAAAGAAAACUUCUCAUGUUGCACAGCAAAGAAGAAGGGGUAUGGAAUUUUUCUUUCAGAAGAGGGUGUGGAUGUAAAAGAAUAGAGAAGUAGUGGACUCAUCAUCUCUGGCUUCUCUGAUAGCUUCAGAUGGUCAAGGAGACUGUGAUGCCUGCAGCAUUUCUGAAAAGGCUGUCUGUGACCUACGAGGAUGAGGUGGCACUGUUUGGGGACCAGGUAAAUUGGGGUGUCUGACUAUAUUUAGGGCUGUCUUUGCAUUUAGGGCUGUGGCUCCAAGAUGUAGGUAUGGACAUCUUAUUCAUUCAUCUGAAGUUUAUUUACUUUUGUUUAUACUUGCUUUGUUAUACUAUACUUUGUAUACUAUACAAAUAUAUAGUAUACUAUACUAUACGUUGUUUAUAUAGCAGAUCCAAAAGAGAUUAAGAGGCAGUCUCUGUCCUCUCUUAUUCUCUAGGCUAGGAGUCAGCAAGCUCUAUAAAGGGCUAAAUAAUAACUAUUUUAGAUUUUUAGGUCAUACAGUUUCUUUAGUGUUCCAAUAAAACUUUAUUUAUAAAAAUAAAUGGCCUGAGGGCCAUAGUUUGCUGAUCCCUACAGCCCUUGAAGGUUCUUGAGCAGACAUGACAUGACAUGACCAGAGAAGGAGUGAGAAACUUAUUAUUGAGUGCUUAUUCUGUGACAGCCAUCUUGCUAAGCAUCUGACUACAGAGUCUGAUGACCUUGGGUUAAGAUCCCAGCUCUGCCAUUUAAUGGCUGUUGAGGAUUAAAAGAAGUGGUGCAUGAACUAGACAAAUGGUUUAAAAAAAGAAAAAGGAAAAGAAAAAAGAGGUGGUACAUGUGUAGCAAGAUGUAGGAUUUUAUUCACCCAGACCCCAGGGCCCUGCUUCCUGGGAAGUAAGAGAAAAAACUUGCAGAAUAGGAGGUAGAACAUGUUUUCCAGGGGAGUGGCAGGUGAGAAAAUGGACUAGAAGGGCAACCCUGGAGUGAGGGUGCUGGAGGGAGAACAUGGGGGCUGGGCUUCGUGAAAUCUUGAGGGGAGCAGAGCAAAAGCAGAGCUUUUUCUGAAGCCAUCAUUUAGCAGACAGAAGAGUUUGAGAAUGAGAAAUGUCUAAAGAGGUUUCCAAAGACCUUUUCUGUGCAUUGAGAAUAUGUUUCUCCUUUGGUAUUUUCUUGAAGAAGCCAAGUAAACAUUUGCGUAGCUCUUAGUUAUGGUUUUAUGUGGUACUGCUGUUUCUUUGAAUUCAGUAACCAAGCAGAGAAUGGGUCUCCAGUUAUUUUUGGGUUACACUUGUGAAGUCCCUGGUACACAGUAAGUGAUCAAUACAUGUUAGAUGUUAUUAGCACCUUUUUGACCGAGAUCAAUUUGGCCAUCCAGAGACUCUCUUUCCCUUAGAGUGAAAUAGGAAACCAAAUCUUUGGAAGUCUAAGUCUUCAUAAUCAGUGCAAA